AUAUAUAAAUUAGGCUGACAACAGAAAAUCGUAGUCAGAGAAUGAAAAAAACACACACACAUAUUAAUCUAUCAAGUAACUGGACUUCCCAGUUUGUGAUAAUACAUUUUAAGUUUCUUUGGUGUCCAGGUGUUUUAUAGUAAUAAUAAAAAUGGCCACGUCUGCCAGUGCUCAGUUGAGUAAAGUGGUAAAACGGCAGUAUAUGGAACUGCCUCAGGGAGAUAAUGUACAAGCCAUGUAUAUCUGGAUAGAUGGUACCGGAGAAGGACUGCGCUGCAAGACCAGAACGCUGGAUUUUGAGCCUAAGAGCAUUGAAGAUCUUCCUGAAUGGAACUUUGAUGGUUCCAGCACCUACCAGUCUGAAGGUUCCAACAGCGACAUGUAUCUCAUUCCCUCAGCCAUAUUUAGGGAUCCUUUCCGCAAAGACCCCAACAAACUGGUCUUGUGUGAAGUGCUUAAAUACAACCGGAAGCCCGCUGAAACCAACCAUCGUCAAACAUGUAAGAAGGUCAUGGAAAUGGAAACCCAUCAAAGCCCUUGGUUUGGCAUGGAGCAGGAGUACACUAUCCUGGGCACUGAUGGUCAUCCGUUUGGUUGGCCCUCCAAUGGCUUUCCUGGUCCCCAAGGACCUUAUUACUGUGGAGUUGGUGCAGACAAGGCUUAUGGCAGAGACAUUGUGGAAGCACACUAUAGAGCCUGUCUGUAUGCUGGUGUUAUGAUCUGUGGAACUAAUGCUGAAGUCAUGCCAGCUCAGUGGGAAUUCCAGGUUGGCCCCUGUGAAGGCAUAAACAUGGGAGAUCAUUUGUGGGUAGCUCGUUUUAUCUUGCACAGAGUCUGCGAGGACUUUGGUGUGGUAGCUUCAUUUGACCCCAAGCCGAUCACUGGUAACUGGAAUGGUGCUGGUUGCCACACUAACUUUAGCACCAAGGAAAUGCGGGAAGAUGGUGGGCUGAAGUGCAUUGAGGAGUGUAUUGAAAAGCUUGGAAAGAGACACAACUAUCACAUCCGUGCUUAUGAUCCUAAGGGAGGCCUGGACAAUGCUCGCAGACUUACCGGUCGCCAUGAAACAUCCAGCAUUCAUGAGUUCUCUGCAGGUGUGGCCAACCGUGGCGCUAGUAUUCGCAUCCCACGAUCUGUGGGACAAGAGAAGAAGGGCUACUUUGAGGACCGCCGCCCGUCUGCCAACUGUGACCCCUAUGCUGUCACUGAGGCCCUGAUUCGCACAUGUUUGCUUGAUGAAGAGGGUGAUGAACCUGUGGAAUACUAGAUCUCUCUUCUCUAGGACUGAAUUUACCUCCCCUUCUGUCAUACUCUUCACUCCCUACCCUAAUCCCUUCCCCCAAUCCCCCCUCUUUUUUUUGGCCAUAAAGCCGAAUAAGUACUGUAUUGUUUUUCUAUCAGGGUGGUUCUAACCUGGCAUUUUAAUAUUGCUGAAGUUGACUGGUUAACUUAACAUUUUAAGAGUUAAUCUGGUUUUACAGGGGGUUAACAUGAUCUUACAGGUGGACAUUGUGUUGCAGGGCAGGUUUUGCCCCUUUUUUCUGUUGGGGAGUGGAUGUUUGAACAUUAAGUGUUUUUAAAAACUCUGAUCUUGUGGACCUACCUUUCUGUUUGUCAAACUGACUGAAAUGCAUGAGUCAAAUUGCACACUAGGAGCCCAAGACUGCCAAGGUUAGAGAACAUGUCAUUUCUUAAAAACCAAUGGCAAGUUUUCGUUUACUUGAAUAUUCAAGUAUGUAAUGUUUCAUUGUUACUUAAUUGGCAGUGUAUUAAAUGGCAAUUUUGAUUGUACACUCUGUUCAUGUUGUGCGGUACACUUCAGCUGCGGUCCAAUAACUGUCCUGUUUUUAUACUUGUUGCUCUGUUAUUUGUCAACUACUAAGACAUAAUGGCACCAGUUUUGGUGAAAAUCUGAAGUUGCUAUAAAAAUUUGACUUAAAACAUUUUUUACCACAAA